AUGGGGGAUUCUGGAGCGGCCCCUGAGACAGGAACACUUAUGGGGGAUUCUGGAGCGGCCCCUGAGACAGGAACACUUAUGGGGGAUUCUGGAGCGGCCCCUGAGACAGGAACACUUAUGGGGGAUUCUGGAGCGGCCCCUGAGACAGGAACACUUAUGGGGGAUUCUGGAGCGGCCCCUGAGACAGGAACACUUAUGGGGGAUUCUGGAGCGGCCCCUGAGACAGGAACACUUAUGGGGGAUUCUGGAGCGGCCCCUGAGACAGGAACACUUAUGGGGGAUUCUGGAGCGGCCCCUGAAACAGUGUUUUCUGUCAAACUAAAUAUCACAACUUUCAAAGCAUACUUUCUCUUUCUCCAGAUCAUCUUCUACGAGGACAGGAACUUCCAGGGCUGCUCCUAUGAGUGCAGCAGCGACUGCUCCGAGCUCUCCUCCCACCUGAACAGGUGCAACUCCUGCAGGGUGGAGAGUGGCAUGUUCAUGGUGUACGACCGGCCCAACUACAUGGGCCACCAGUACUUCCUGAGGAGGGGAGAGUACCCUGAGUACCAGCACAUGUUAGGCUUCAACGACUGCAUCAGGUCUUGUCGUAUGAUCCCCCAGCACAUGGGCCAGUUCAGGAUGAGGAUCUACGAGAAGGAGAACUUCGGAGGCCAGAUGCACGAGGUGAUGGACGACUGUGACUCCAUCCAGGAGCGUUACCAUAUGCCCGAGAUGCAGUCCUGCAACGUGAUGGACGGCCACUGGGUCAUGUACGAGCAGCCCCAAUUCAGAGGCAUGCAGACCUACCUGAGGCCUGGAGAGUACAGGAACACGAGAGAGAUGGGAAUGGGAAAUGAUGAAAUGAGGUUCCAGUCCAUGAGGCGCAUCAGCAACGAUGCUGCCUUUUAAAUGUGCUGUCUUUAAAGAGUGCAACGACUUUUUAAUAAACAUUUUAAACCUUCA